GAAAAUAAUUUUAAUUAGUUACAUUUGUACAAUAAGAUAAGUGUUCUUUUUAUGUUAACGACGAUGUCUACAAGCAAUACAAACAACAUAAUCGAGAAAGAAAUCGACGAUGAGGAUAUGCUCUCGCCCAUUAAGUCGUCCAACAACUUGGUUGUUCGCGUGAAUCAAGAUACAGAUGAUAAUUUGCAGGCCCUAUUCGAUAGCGUGUUGAAUCCCGGAGAUGCAAAACGCCCUUUACAGCUCCCCUUUCGCAUGCGGAAGCUUCCAAAUUCCUUUUUCACGCCACCAGCCCCCUCGCACUCGCGAGCAAACAGUGCGGACUCCACAUACGACGCAGGCUCCCAAUCCAAUAUUAACAAAACUGCGCAGCCCGUGGACGUGCAGCAGCCAGCCAUCUCACAGAUCCAGCCAUCACAACAAAGCCGCCUGGCGAUACAUCACUUUCGCGCUCGCAGCAGCCCAGCCUCAUUGCAGCAGAACUACAACGUGCGCUCCAGGAGCGACGCCAAUCCGGGGCCCAGCGGCCAAGGACCGACGUAUCCCGAGAACAGUGCCGAGUUCCCCAACAGUGCUGCCAACACUAUUGAGCUAGAUGGCAUGAAUACCUGCAUGGGGGGCCAGGACAUGCCCAUGUCCACGCAAACAGUGCAUAAAAAGCAGCGAUCGUACGAUGUGGUAAGCCCCAUCCAGUUGCAAAGCCAACUGGGAGCAUUGCCACCAGGUUGGGAGCAGGCAAAAACUAAUGAUGGCCAGAUUUAUUACUUGAAUCAUACAACAAAAUCUACGCAAUGGGAAGAUCCAAGAAUUCAAUAUCGCCAACAGCAGCAGCGCCUAAUGGCCGAACGAAUCAAGCAAAGCGAUGUUUUGCAAACUACAAAACAAACUACCACAUCGACUAUUGCUAACAGCUUGGGUCCACUGCCGGAUGGUUGGGAACAGGCAGUUACUGAUUCCGGAGAUAUAUAUUUUAUAAAUCACAUUGAUCGAACGACUUCAUGGAUUGAUCCCAGAAUGCAAUCUGGACUUACUGGGCUUGACUGCCCAGAUAACUUAGUGUCAUCCCUACAGAUUGAAGAUAAUAUAUGCACUAAUUUGUUCAACGACGCACAGACCAUUGUGAAUCCGCCGUCUUCCCACAAACCAGACGAUUUGGAAUGGUAUAAAAUAAACUAAUUCACAUGUAUACAAACUGUAUUAGACCUAAAAGUUUUAUAUUUUGUAUUAUUCUAAAUUAAAUAUUUUUCAAAUUUUAUA